GAGUGUCAAGUAGUUGCCCAGAGGGAUGGACGAGGAGGGAGGAGCUGGGCAGGGCUCCUUAUUUGGUGGAAAAGAUCACAUGGGUUCCAGCAGUGGCUGAACGCUGGUGGGUUAGUGGUGGAGCACAUGUCGUGAAGGAAAAAUGCCCACCAACUUCACAGUGGUGCCGGUGGAAGAUGGUCAGCCUUCAAGUCCAGACAGUGACGUUCAGAGCCCCGAAGGUGAAGAUGAGGAGAAGCCUGGACUUUACUCAGGAGAGGAAACCCCUGGUGAGGACAGUCCCUUUAUUACCACUGGUGACCAUGAGGGGAGCUGUGAUGGGAAGAACAUGGCGCUGUUUGAGGAAGAAAUGGACAGCACUCCAAUGGUGUCAGCCCUUCUCAACAAACUGGCUAAUUACACCAACCUGACACAGGGAGUCAUAGAUCAUGAGAAAGCUGAGAGUGAGGAUGGAGUUAAAAAGGUCACCAUCAGGGGCCCUCAGAUGGGCACGUUUAUCGGAGUGUAUCUGCCCUGUAUGCAGAACAUCUUGGGUGUAAUUCUCUUCCUCCGUCUGACGUGGAUCGUGGGCACGGCUGGAAUCUUGGGUUCCUUUGCCAUUGUUUUUAUGUGCUGUGUUUGUACUCUUCUUACAGCAAUAUCAAUGAGUGCCAUCGCAACUAACGGUGUGGUGCCAGCUGGUGGCUCGUAUUACAUGAUCUCCAGGGCACUGGGUCCAGAGUUUGGAGGUGCUGUUGGCUUGUGUCUCUACUUGGGUACAACCUUUGCUGGAUCCAUGUACAUACUGGGAACCAUAGAGAUCCUUUUGAUGUACAUUGUUCCAGAUGGAGCACUGUUUGUGGACAAGGCGAAUGAGCCAGUGGCUCAGCAGAAUAACAUGCGUGUGUAUGGAACCUGCUGCUUGGCUCUCAUGGCCCUGAUGGUGUUUGUUGGUGUGAAAUAUGUCAAUAAACUGGCAUUGGUCUUCCUCUCCUGUGUCAUCCUGUCUAUCAUGGCCAUUUAUGCUGGAGUCAUCAGAAGUGCCAUCAGCCCUCCAGACUUUCAAAUCUGUCUGCUGGGAAACCGAACACUGAAAAACCAUGACUUUGAGAAAUGUCUAAAGACAGAAGUCAUCAACAACUCUACAGUAACAACACAACUGUGGGAGCAGUUCUGCAAUGGCUCUUCCAUCGAUGCAGAUUGUGAUCCCUACUUCGCUCUGAACAAUGUGACCGAGACCAAAGCCAUCCCAGGGCUGCUCAGUGGAGUAAUCUCAGAAAACUUGUGGGGAACUUACGUUCCAUAUGACACGGUGCUAGAGAAGAAUCUGUCAGUGGCAGAGGUGCCUGAGAGCGAGAAGGAAAAACUUAAAAAUGUCAAAGACAUGCCCUACGUCUUUAACGACAUCACCACCUAUUUUACCCUAAUGGUGGGCAUCUUCUUUCCCUCAGUUACAGGGAUUCUGGCAGGAUCUAACCGGUCUGGAGAUUUGAGGGACGCUCAGAGGUCUAUCCCCAUUGGUACCAUUCUGGCCAUUGUUACCACUUCCAUCAUCUAUUUGUCCUGUGUGGUGGUGUUUGGGGCCUGUGUAGAGGGAGUGGUCCUGAGAGACAAGUUUGGGUUCUCUGUAAAAAGAACACCAGUGAUUGGUAUUCUGGCUUGGCCAUCUCCUUGGGUGCUUGUGAUUGGCUCUUUUUUCUCGUGUUGUGGAGCAGGACUACAGAGCCUCACUAGUGCCCCCAGACUUCUGCAGGCCAUCGCACAUGAUGGACUUGUGCCAUUCUUGCAGGUGUUUGGUCAUAGUAAAUCUAAUGGAGAGCCAACAUGGGCUUUACUUCUGACUGCAGGAAUCUGUGAGAUCGGGAUUCUUAUCGCCUCCCUGGAUGUUGUUGCUCCAAUUCUUUCUAUGUUUUUCCUGAUGUGCUACCUAUUUGUCAACCUGGCCUGUGCUGUUCAAACACUACUGCGCACCCCAAACUGGAGACCACGCUUUAAAUUUUAUCACUGGACUCUUUCAUUCUUGGGGAUGAGCCUUUGUCUUUCUCUUAUGUUUGUAUCAUCUUGGUGGUACGCCCUGUUUGGCAUGUUAUUUGCAGGAUGCGUCUAUAAAUACAUUGAAUACAGAGGGGCGGAGAAGGAAUGGGGUGAUGGAAUCCGAGGGUUGUCUUUAAAUGCAGCUCAAUACGCUCUUAUCAAGCUGGAAGAGGCACCACCUCACACCAAGAACUGGAGGCCUCAGCUGCUGGUGCUGUUGAGUUUAGACUCAGACCUGAUGGUAAAGCACCCACGACUGCUGUCUCUGACGUCCCAGCUGAAGGCAGGGAAAGGCCUGACGAUUGUCUGCUCCGUUCUGCAGGGAAUCUACAUGAACCGGGGUGCAGACGCCAAGCGCUCUGAAAAGAACAUUAAGGCAGCCAUGGCUGCAGAAAAAACAAAGGGCUUCUGUCAUGCUGUGGUGUGCUCUAACCUGCGAGACGGUUUCUCCAACUUGAUCCAGUCCGCUGGCCUGGGAGGCAUGAAGCAUAACACUGUUCUGAUGGCCUGGCCCUGCAACUGGAGACAGGCUGAGGACUCCUCCUCCUGGAAGAACUUCAUUGAGACAGUUAGAGAGACCACCUCCGCUCAUCAGGCUCUGCUCGUGGCUAAGAACAUCGACAGUUUUCCCUGCAACACGGAGCGUCUGACUGAGGGCACCAUAGACGUGUGGUGGAUUGUCCAUGAUGGAGGUCUCCUCAUGCUGCUGCCCUUCCUUCUCCGCCAGCACAAGGUGUGGAAAAAGUGCAAGAUGCGCAUCUUCACUGUGGCUCACCUGGAUGACAACAGCAUUCAGAUGAAGAAAGAUCUGUACAUGUUCAUAUACCAGCUGCGCCUGGACGCCGAGGUGGAGGUGGUGGAGAUGCAUGCGAGUGAUAUCUCAGCCUUCACCUAUGAGAAAACCCUGGUUAUGGAGCAGCGUUCUCAGUUGCUCAGGCAGAUGCAGCUUUCCAAAACAGAGCGGGAAAGAGAGAUUCAGAGUAUUACUGAUGAAUCCAGGAGCUCCAUUAAGAGAAAGGACCGUCCGAAGGACCCCACUCCCAACACACUGCAAGUGCCAGGAGCGGCACCUCUAGAGAAUGAGGCUCAUAUGUUUCAUGGAAAAAAUACAAAGUCUCAUACUGGCAGCCCAAGUUCUGACCACGUCCACAUGACCUGGACCAAAGAGAAGUUUAUCAGUGAGAGGAACAGGCAUCGUGAAGCUAGCCAAGGGGUACGGGACAUCUUCAACAUGAAACCAGAGUGGGAGAAUCUAAACCAGUCCAACGUGAGAAGAAUGCACACUGCUGUUAAACUGAAUGAAGUUGUGGUCAACAAAUCCCAAGGGGCUCAUCUUGUCCUGCUUAAUAUGCCUGGACCUCCUAAAAACAAGGGAGGUGAUGAGAACUAUAUGGAGUUUUUGGAGGUUUUAAUGGAGGGCUUGGAUCGGGUUCUGCUUGUACGAGGUGGAGGUAGAGAAGUCAUCACCAUCUACUCGUAGCAGACGUGUGUGGACGGUGCACUGUUUAGAGUGUGUGCUCAGAGGAAUUGUGUAUUACUCAGGGUAGGAAAAGAAUAAGGAGACAUGUCUUCCAUGCAAAGGACUGGAAUUUCACACAUGACAGCCUGAUUUUAUGCACUCAAAGCAGCCAAAACUUAAUGCUAAAAACCUGCUUUAUCUGGUUGUUUUUUUUAGUAAUUUUAUUUUUAUUUUUAAACAUGCUCUAGUUUUAGUGUGAUACGCUGAAAAAAGACAAGUGCAGUUUUUAUUAUUCUUAUAUUCCCAACAUGAUCAUUAUUAGUAUACCCUUUUAUAAAAUGCAGCUGUGUUAGAGAUAAAAUCGUAUUUCAGCCACUGCUGAAUCAUUUAUAUUUUUGAUAAGUCAAAAAUAAUUAUUUAAUUUUUUUUUAAUAUAAAAAUGUAAGUUUUUAUCACUUACUAGAUAAUAUUAAUCCAGUAUUUUAGUCACAUGGGACUACUAAAAAAUGCAGAUUUGAUAUUUUUCCCUACAUCAAAGUAACUUUAGGUAAUUUGUCUUUAAACCUAAAUGGGUUAAGAAUAGGUUAAGAAAUUAUGUUUUAUUCAAACUGUAUGUCAAGUGGUUUUGGUAAAUUUCAGUGGUAAAACAUACUAAUUAUACUCACAUAAUAAUAUUAAAUAAUGAGAGAUCAAAUUAUUAUUUACACUUGAUCAUGAAAUCUUACCUGAGAGGAUAUCUUGAGAAUGCCCACAGCUGUGUUAGGAGUGAGGUGUUAUCUUGUGACUGAGGUGCAUGGUCAUGGCAAGCCGAUGUGAAUUAUCAGAGUUGGAGUGAGGCCUGAUAGUGAGCCUUAGUGUGGGUUGAGGAAUGUUAAGUGCCUAUACUUAACACUAACACUACAGUAAUGAAGUGUCUCAUCCUUGUGAAACGUGUGCACAGGGAAUAUGUAAGAUAAAGCAUUACCACCCACAGUGGACAGAGCAGUGAGUGAUAAUGAUUUGAUUGUCCACGCAAACAGACAACCGACUCUGAUAGAAAUCACAUUAGCAUUCAAUAUAGAACUGGACGUGUCCCAUGACUUUCGGCAUGUUUGACAUUUGACCUUGUGUGUUGAUAUGCAACUCUGGGAAAAAAAUAAUAAUAAGAGACCACUUAAAAAUGAUGAGUUUCUUUGAUUUUACCAAAUUGAAAACCUCUGGAACAUAAUCAAGAGUAAGACUGAUGAUCACAAGCCAUCAAACCAAGCUGAACUGCUUGAAGUUUUGCUCUAGGAGUAAAGGCAUAAAAUUAUCCAAAAACAGUGUGUAAGACUGGUGGAGGAAAAUAUGCCAAGAUGCCUGAAAACUGAUUCAAAAACAGGGUUAUUCCACCAUUGAUUUCUUUGAUUGAUUUAUUGAUUUCUGAACUCUUAAUACUUUAUAAUAUGAACUUGUUUUCUUUGCAUUAUUUGAAGUCUGAAAGCUCUGCAUCUUUUUGUUAUUUCAGCCAUUUCCCAUUUUCUGCAAAUGAAUGCUCUAAAUGACAAUAUUUUUAUUUGGAAUUUGGGAGAAAUGUUGUCAGUAGUUUCUAGAAUAAAACAACAAUGUUCAUUCUAUUCAAGCAUAGGCCUAUAAAUAGCAAACUUUGAGAAGCUGAUUCAGAAACUGAAGUGGUCUCUUCUGAACUUUUUUUCAGAGCUGUAUAAAAUAUUAGUAUAUCCAUAUGAUAUACUCUUCUGUGCUGCUAUUUUAGUAGGAAAGCCUUCAUUCUUUUCAAAUGAGGGAAGGGCUUGCACACUGUGUGACUUUUGCACAAGUACAGUAUAAUUCUUUUUUACAGUUCAUUUCAACCCUCUGUUUGUUCUUGUUUUGAGCUUCAGUGGAAUGGAAACUGAAUGAUAUUCAUCUAUUCAGAUUAUUUUGUACUGACUGAGGAGUGAUUCUAGAGAAACAAACAUACGAAAACCAAAGAUCAGUCCUAUGAUAUUGUCCUCCUUUCUAAACACAGGACAAAUGACCCAGACACGGAGUUACUGCAGGUUGCAUUGUAAUGAACCUGCCUGUUUCAGUUUAACUAACUUGUUUUUAGGUUUGUGUUUAGCCUGCUUUGUCUCUAAAUUCUCCAUAGAGACUGAAUCCUGUAGUCUUGAAUAUGUUUGCAGUCACAUGACAGUGUUUGUCCUAUAUUUAAUUUUAAUAGGACAUCAAUUAUUGUUUUUUUUUUUUUUUCUGGGGAUGUGUAGGAUAUUUAUAAGAGACAUCUUUAGGAUGUGAUUACAUCCAAUGAACAAAAUGACACACAAAUACAUUUCAGUGUUUGAUUUGUACUGAUGCACACUAAUCUCUGUCAGAGAGGCUGUUCUUUAGCUUCCUUUUACAGUAUACUUGCAAUUAAUUUAAGUUAAGUUAAAGUAAUGUAACAGGGCUCUAGGACUUGUAGAAAGUGCUGUUGCUCAUGCAUCUUAUUUGUUAUUUCUUGUUUUAAAGGUUCAUUUCAUCUUAAUUUGUGCCACAGUUAACUUAUUAACAUGACUGUUGCCAAUGUGUGUAACUUCUGCAUAAUUUAAGAUGGAGCAGAAAAUGUAAUAUUUCAGAUUCACAUAAAUAUCUUGUUUAUUAAAACACUAUUAUAAUCUUUUAGAAAUCUAAGACACAGAUUAUUGAGAUCAAAGAUUUACAGCAGCUGUUGAGACACCUGUUAACAAAUUCUUACUAAUCUUUAUUGUCAUUUAGCUAACUUUUAGUGAACAUGACGAGUGAGCUGUUUCAGUAAACUCGGACAGUGAGAGUGUGAACAGAUAAUAGAAAUAGAAAAAGGUUAAGAGAUCUUUUUAUUAGCUGCUGUAAUAUCUCUGUACAGUAUUUCAAAACAACCACAUCAGUUAUACUCUCUCAGCCAUGGGCCAUAAAACUAAAUGAACUAAUUCUUUAUGCUUAUCCUAUGGAUAGAGUGUCACUUGAGGAAGAAUAUCUGUUGGUUUCCUCAUUUUUAGACAUGCAUGUGAAGUAUUGUAAAAGACAAAUAGAAUAGGACUUUUGGUUAAAAUAUUUCAGGUGGAAUUUGCCAAGAUUUCUGUUUUUUGAGGGAGAUUUUUGAGAAAGGUUCUAUUUGUAAUUUUUUUAAAUACACUUAAAUCUGUACAUUUGAAUUACAAGUGUAUAUUGUAGAAACACUGGUAUUUUUAUUGAAUACAAUCAAUAAAAAAUACACAUUGACUGACUAAA